CCUACUUGAUAAUUUUAGAGUUCAAAUAAACACCAGUAAGUUGAUAUUGGAAAUUUUUAACAAGAAAGCUUUAAUUUUCCUCUGCUGUCUGUAGAGAAACGUGUGCAUUCACAGUGGUGAUGUUUAUGCAGGGUAGAUCAAGCCAUAGCUGGUUUGCUCUUAACACAAACACUUGGCCACGGAACCUCCUUUGCCACUUGGUGCCCACCCCAUGCACUGCAAUGCGCUGCCCUAAAUGAGAGGUUUUAUUCCUCCCCUCAGCCUGAAGUCCACAGGGAUACCUUGUAGGUUUCUCUUUUUAGACUUAUUUUCCUUUUUUUUCUACGUGUUUUUGUGUGGAAAAUCCCAGUGAAGGUAAUGGUAAAUGUCCUGCCAUUCACAUGAGCAUGGAAAAUAAGUGUGCUGAGGCCUAACUUACAUGGUAGCCUUGUAUGAUGUUUAGCUGAUGUCUGAGAGAACAGUUUGUAUUUAGGCUGAUAACCUGACUUUAUUUUAAUCUCUUUUUUUUUAAACAUAUAAGGUGUGUGGUUCGUAAAUGCUUUCUGCAUUUUUAGUGGUAUGAUCUAAUUUCUGCAAGCUAAUUUUGGACUGCUCUACACCAUGUUAGAAGUACACAAAAAACUGUUAGUCUUGAGCUUGGCUGGGAAGCAGGAAAGGAAGCUCCUUGACUGCUAAAUGAAAAUGCAGAAAGACAAGCAGGGAAAAUGUGCAAUAAUUUGUCAAACCUUGAGGACCUCACUUGGCCCCUGAGAAUUUGUGGCUAGUGGACGAAUAGGGAAGAUGUACUGUUUUUAAAUGCUGAAAUACUCUGGUUUCUGUAUUUAGUAUGAAGGUAAGGUGGUGGCACGUGCAGAUAUGUUCUCAGGUGACUGCCUUGCCACCUUCUGUGACAAACAAGGCCCUUUUCUGUAGUAAGAGUCAUUUGGGUCAAUAGGGAUGGAAAAAAUAGCGGCUCCAAAAAGCAAAGCAAUCGCUGCAGAAAAAUCUGAAUCUGAAAUUUAAGGCAAAACUACUUGUCAUGUUUUUAGAGCAUAAAGAACUGAAAUUUGGGGUGUUUAUGUAUUCAUUAUGUGAUGGGAAACCAUGAAGUAUUCAUCAUCACAUCAGCUCUAAAAUACUAAUGAAAUUUCUUCUGUGACAAUCAGCUGGAGUGUUCCCCUUUGUAUACACCUCAUCCUUUCCCUGUUCCUUGUUGCUGCAAAUGAUUUGAAAAAAAACCUGGGUUUUCUGUGCUGUGAACUGUCAUGAUCACCUGAGGCAGGCAGGGGCAGAGGCUGGCAAGGUGAGUUGGUGCCUGAGUGACUGAGAUCCGAGGAGGACGCUCGCAUUGCCUGGCAAAGGAGGCUCUCCUGGAACACUUGGAGACUUUGACAGCAGUUCUGAGACCACCCAUGGCUCCCAGCCCAGCUCUGUAAGUAUUCCACCCAGGAACAAGGAUGCCAUGGAGCUGCUCUGGCUCUGUGUCAGAGUAUUUUAGCCUCAGAAGAUUGAGGCUCUUGUUCUUUGCUCUCCCCACCCUGCAAUGCUCUGCCACCCUGCACAGUGAGGGAGAACAGAGCCCUGGAAUGGCUGUUUGGUCUUGGGCUGAGCUGCCCCAAAGGCUCCUGUGUUAUUUCCUGUGCCUCGGGAUGGCCAGCCCGAUGGGAGACAUACCAGGAGCAUCUUCUAGCCUCUGGGAAGGGCUCACCAACAACUGCUCAUGUGUGCAGUGGCCUGGCAGGGUCCUGAUGGCUCUGCUUGGCUGCCUAUGGGGUUUUAGGCACAAGUUUGGGAGGGUGGAGCUGCCUUUGGGAGGAGGUGUGCUCCUGGAGCCAGAGCGAGGGAGGCUCUGCUGGGCUUUGCACUCUCGGCACAGUUGCUCUUGUGAAGGACUUUCUUUUACUUUUUUUUUUUUUUUUUUUUUUUUUACCUGACUGAACAAAAUUUUUAUUAUACCAGUGAAAUUUUGAGUUGUUCUGUGCUUUGAGGAGUUUCAAGGAUUCCUGCUGAUGCUUUUCCUGAGGGAAGCCAUGCCCUACCACAGAGUCUUUUGCCUGAUCCUGCUAACGCUGUGCAGCAUCCUGGUCCCUGCUGUGCUGGCAGAGUACCCGCAGGACUCGGUCCCCACCCUCUGGAACGAGCCGCCCGAGGUGCCCUCUGGAGCCGGUCCCUUCGACGCUGCCACCACCACCGCCCGGCUGUCGGACGCCACUGCCUUCCCCCCGUACACCUCCGAGCUGGAGCCCGAGGACACCACCCACCUGCACCGGCUGGACGCCGGGGACGGUGAGCGGCUGCGAGAGGGACUGCCCGCGGCUCCUCCCUCAGCAGCGGGCAUGUCCUCACGGUGCAUUUGUUCCGUAUGGGUCUGUCACCUCCCGGGAGGGGUUAAAGCCACUCUGUUGGGGAGAGGGAGGGUUGCCUUUACUUCCUGCUCGUGGAAACUUCCCUGCUGAAAAGCCUCUGUUUUGGAGCUCUUGCCAGCCCCAAGAUAACUCCAAGACCCAUCUUCCUGCUCCAUGACGUGUCAUGGCAGGCAUCUGCCCUGAAAAGAAAACUGCCCUGAGUGCAAGUAGGGCUCUCCAGGACAGAGUGUGCCGGGAGCUCCCUGAACAGGGAGCAUGAGUGCCUUUCCUGGCUCGUGGCUCCUGGCUGACAGCAAGCACUAGCUGAGAUGUGGUCCUGCCACAAGCAAAGCAACUCUCCCAGAGUGAGUGUUAGCAGGAAAGCUGGGCACCACCGCCUCACUUCGUGGCAGCUGCCCUUGUUACUGGGAACUGGCUGAGGUGCUGGUGGCUGGCUACAGCCCCCUGCCCAAAGGUGUACAGGACCACACCUGGGCUGUGUGAUGACAUGGGACAUGGCCAUUGCAGGGAGCUCUGGGACAGGAGUGUGGCCUGAUGGCUGGGGACAUGCUGGGUGUGGGGUGAUCCUUGCAGCCCUUCCCAUCUGGGCCCCACUGCCACUGCCCUCA